CGCGCGCGACAGCUUCGUGUCGGCCGGCGGCGAGGAGGAGGACUCCCUCUCCGCGCGCGGGUGCGACGACAGCGUGUCGAGCUGCAGUAGCGCUCUGGACUCCUCCGCGCUGUCGGGUGCGGGAGGUCGGCCGAAGGAGGAGGUGGGCGGCGCCGACGCGGCCAUCGCUAGUCUGUGCACGCGCAGCGGCGAGGAGAUCGCGUGCAUGUGCUGCUCGCACGCCGAGCUCGGAGGCUGCGCCGACGCGGAGACGACCGCGCGCAAAGACACGACGACGACGUCGGUGGCGCCGCGUAGGAAAACGAAAUCGCUGUCGUCCUUCAGCGCAGGGGAGACCCCGACGUUACCUCUGCCUCGAUGUGCGAGUCAUUCCGCUAAGCGAGCCGCUAAGUCAGCAGGCAGCAAGGGCAGUUCCGCAGAUUCCCCGCCGCCCGGCAGUCCGAAAGCCGUCGAAGAAUCCAGCAAAGAAUUGGAAGAAAAGAUCAAGUCGUAUAGAAAAGCCGAGCCAGAGUUUCCUACAGAAAUCAACAAGAUAGACAUGGAAUGUCUAAAAACCAAAUUGGCAAUUCUAACAGGUCACAGAGACGUGGACGGUCAUGGAGUCAUUAUGUUUGAUACUGCCAAGGUAACCAAGGCUUGUACUGUAGAAAACGUGGGCAAGAUUCUCCUAUACUACUCCACUAUAGCAAGAGAGGAGAUAGUCUGUAAAGGCUUCACAGUAUUGGUGGAUGUUAGAGGGGCCACUCCAGCAUCCGCUGAGUUGAUCACUGCUGUCCUCUAUAAUCUUCAGGCGAAUCUUCCUGGAGCCGUCAACAAGAUCUUGGUGCUGGCUGCGAAUAUAAACGACGCUGCUGCCACCAUACUCCUCAACUCUUCAUUCAAGUGCCUGCUGUUAAAGUCAUGUGAAGCUCUCAUUCCCUACAUAGACGAGGAUCAGCUGCCGACACAGACAGGCGGGAAGUACGCCUACAACCACGAUGACUGGAUCAAGUAUAGAAUGAAGAUCGAGCCAUUCAUAGACCAGUGUCGCGCCGCCGCCAACCAUCUGCUGAGUCUAAUGCAAGAACUGAAGGGAGCCAGACUCCCCACCACUGCACAGGGAACAAGCGAGGUGAUCGACAGACACAAGCACUACAUCAGCUGCACGUUCGAUGACCCGGAGCUGACCAGCCUGCAGACGGAGGGCGACCGCAUCAUGGCCGAACUGCAGCGGGUCGAGCGUCUCACCGCACUCGAGCUGACACCUGACUACAGGGACACUGUCGAGCGCGUGGGAGUUCUAUACAAAGAAGUACAGAAGGUGAUGCUGAAGCUUGCCAAGGCGGCCGAAAACAGAAUACACAAGCUCGAGAACUGCCUGCAGAUGAAGACGUUUGAGGAAGAGUCCAACAACCUACUGAGCUGGCUGAGAACAGUGGCGGCGGCCGAACUCACUCAGCACCAGGCCGUCACUGAUAACCUCAGAGACAGUCGCAACCAGGAAAGAAACUUUGACAAGUUCUACUUCACUGCCAUGGAGAACAUCGCGAAGGGUGCAGACCUGGUGGAGGAGGCUGGCAUUGUAACCGAUGGUAGCCAGGAGAUGGGAGUGUGCGUACGAGAGCUGUCAAAAACACUGAAGAGGGAGAUGAAGGGUUUCUCGGCGAGACUAGAGGACACGAGAGAGGUUAUAGAAAACACUGCACAGUGCUACAAGCUACUAGACAAGGCAUACGAGUGGGCUUUACAGGCCAUGAAAUAUAUCUCCACCAUGAAAAUGGAACUCCAUUCGGCCAGCGCAGAAGGACUGGCCAAACUCAGUGACAGUCUCAAGGUAUGCAUUUUCUUGCAUGUAGUCGGUUAUUGGUUCCUCAUCACUAGCCCGGGCGGGGAGUACGGCCGCAUACGGCGGCGGGAUGACGAGCCGCUGGCGACGGCAGGCCCUGCGAACGAGCAGCCGUCAGCUGCUCCAGCCGCUCGAAGCCCGCGCGGACGCGCGAGGGCAGGCCACGAUCCGCCCCGUCACCGAUCGUCGAUUGCUGGACGGCCACCGUCGGGCCAGCAGGCCGCCGCGCAGCAGCCGGCGGAGUCUGGCAUCGCCAAGGCGACGAAGGCGUCGUGGGCGCUGCACCGGGAGGGUGGCGCGUCGGAUGCCGAUGAGCUGCUCGGUCCCUUGCAAGCGCGUGCGCGCGACGCGGCAUUGUUCGACGAAGCUUGUCGGCGGUCGAGCUUUGUGGCGCGAGCUGCAGCAUCAAGAUCGAUAACGUGUACGCUGCUGACGGGUGAUGCUCGUUCCAGCCUGCCAGAAGGUGCUAGCGGUCCUGCAUCGGCUGGUGAACAGGUGUGGGAUGGACCACCCAGAAUCAAUAGUGAUAAUAAGGAGGAGCACAUCUCGCACUCUAUAAGCGACUUCCGACUUAGUGAGGAUGAGGCCAAGAGCAGGCGAACGCUACAAUUAAUCAUGUCGGAAAUGUACCAGACAGAGCAGGAUUACGUAAAUUCUCUUGGAUACAUUAUUGAUCACUACUUUCCUGAGAUGGAGAGGGAAGACCUUCCACAAGAACUGAGAGGCAAACGCAAUGUUGUGUUCGGUAACAUAGAGAAGAUCUAUGAGUUUCACAGCCAGUACUUCCUUGGAGCUCUUGACCAGUUUCGUGACGCUCCAUUCCACGUUGGCCAGAUCUUCCUCAGAUAUGAGAACCAAUUCUACCUGUAUUCUCUGUAUAACAAGAAUAAACCAAAGUCUGAUGAGUUGCUAGCAGAGAUAGGGAGCAAUUUCUUUAGGACUAAGCAGCUGCAGCUGGGUGACAAGAUGGACCUAGCCAGCUACUUGCUGAAGCCAGUUCAGCGGAUGGGCAAGUACGCGCUGCUGCUGAAGCAAAUCCUGCAGGAAUGUCCCGUCACCGAUCCCUACCACCAGGAGCUGCGGGCCGCUGAGGAGAUGGUGAAGUUUCAACUUCGUCACGGCAAUGACCUCCUGGCGAUGGAUGCGUUGAGAGAGGCGGACGUCAGUGUGCAGGAGCAGGGCCAGCUCCUGAGGCAGGAGGAGUUUCUCAUCUUGCAGGGCCGGCGGAAGUGCCUCAGACACAUCUUCUUGUUCGAGGACCUGAUUCUGUUCAGCAAGACGAAACACAACGUCAGCAAAGGCGGCCACGAGACGUACCAGUACAAGCACAGCAUCAAGAUGACAGACGUCGGGUUGACAGAACAGAUGGGAGAUUCGCCCACCAAGUUUGAGAUCUGGUUCAGACGACGGACGUCACGUGACACGUACAUCAUCCAGGCUGCCACACCUGAGAUCAGACUCGCGUGGGUGAAAGAAAUCUCAAAGCUGCUGUGGAAACAAGCUCUGCGUAGUAGAAGUAUUCGGCUACAUGAGAUGACCUCUAUGGGGGUCGGUUCACGGCCAAUGAUGGAUCUGAAGACUAGCAGCCAUCAGAUCAACGACCGAACCAUCAACCCUCCAGUGUGCCAGCAAUUAAAUAUUAAUGCAUCUCGGUUUCGCAACUCGAUUGCUGUGAGCUCCUUCGAGCAUCUGCAGCUGCAGCAGAACAAGCGGCCGCACUCUGUGAUCUCCAUCAGCAGUUCGUCAUCGUCCAACAGCAGCCAGUCUGCGCAGUCGUUCCUGUCGUACGGAGCCGCCGGCCCCCUGAUCGACGUCAACGACUCUCCGCACAGCCGACACCGUCCCGCCAGCAUGCACUCCGCAGAGAGUGGAAUCUGUGCCGAUAUAUCCACGAUAGAGAGUGUGUCGGACGUUUCCGAGAUUACGGAAAUCUCGAAAACACAUCGAACAGACAGUGCCGGAGAGUCACUCGCGCCAGCUGUUGUCGUGUAACUGACAAUGGUGCUGUGGAACUAUGCCUAGCUUUUGUUAUGUAACAUCGGGUGUAAGCGGCUCUGCAGUCACUGGGACCAGCUGUUUUUUUAACAGCAAUGAUUAGGACCCCAUUGUCCAAUCGUGCAUUGGCGAAAGCUGUCCGAUGUACAUACAAUGUAAUAUACAUUUGUACAUGAGUAUCAUGUAUGUAGGUUUUGUUAGCGCAUUGCCUGUUAGUUUUAUUUUAGCUUGUCGUGCAAGAAACCAAAAUCAAUGCAUAUUGGUAAAUCGUUGCAUAGAAAAUCAUGAUCAUUCUAUUACUUACAUGCAGUAUACUGUAAGAAUAUAUUGCUUUUUAAAUUGUUAAUUAGGUAUUUAAGGAUAUUAUGAAUUGUUGAGUUUCCAAGGCUAAUAUGGACUUUUCAGGCAAUCCACAAAAUUUUGUGUAAUAAGUUUUUACUUUUUAAGUGUGUGAAUAAGCUUUUUAAGGUUGUUUACUUUCGUUUUAAUUUUCAUGAUCAUGUCCAGGUAGCCUUGAAUCUCACACUGUUGUAACUUAUGUGUACGUGUAAACUAGAUGCUGUUUUCAUAUAUGAAAACAGACCAAAAUCUUGCACAUACCCAUGUUGUUUGUGUACUGUUCUGAACUUUUGUAACAGUGGAUUAUGUUGUGCAGAUAGGAUGCACAGUGUCCUGCUUAAGGCAAAUCGAAAGCGCUCUUGCAGCCCUCAUUGUAUAAAGAUAUAUAAAAUGUUUACUCUGGCUGUAACUAAUUCAGAAACUGUGGUAGGAUUCAAAUAUGCGAACUUGUACAAACCUGCUGAUUACCCUUUCUAAAUUUAGUAUAGUUAGUUUAUUGCAUAAAUAUCAACUCGUCCUGAGAAACGUCUGAUGAAGCAUUUUGGUCAAACCAUUACUCGCUUUGGAGUAGAUAUAAUCAAAGUAGAAUAAGAUAUAUUUUUGAUGCAGUCCGUGGAUGCCAUAUAUCACACGGGAAAAACGCCAGUGGUAUUAUGUACAGAUUCCAACUCUGCCCUACUUACACCCACAUGGGUUUGUAAAAUGCUUACUAUAUGCAUACAUGUUUGGCAGAGCGAGUCGGUCAUUGCCUAUAGUAACAACGGGAAGAGAGAAUUACGUGUGAUACAACGUAACAGGGUUUCAUGGAGUUUGGUACAAUAUUCGCAGAAUCUCAUGCUUUGACAUGCGAAAUAAUGGCAUCGUUUUGGGUGCGCGAUGUGGACAGCUUGACAUUCAUGACAACACAGAGGUGGGACACAUGGAAGUACAGAUCUGUGAUAUUGCAAUUACUAAUUACUGAUGCAAGAAUACAUCCUAUUUAAUUACAUACGCACACAUAAUACACACAAACACUAUUACCUGCACACUUUUGCACACCCACACGUGCUUGCCGUCAUGAAUUUAGUGUUGCAAGUAUUACAGAAUUAAGUACUAGUUGCCAUGUCAUAACAGAAAAUGUGAAAAAGGGCAUUGGUCAUUAUUGUAAGAACUUCUGUAAAAUUCUAGGCAAUACAAAAUGUAAAUUUUAAUUGCAUGCGAGGUAAUUGCAAACCCUAAACAUGUUUCCCAAUCACUGGAAAGGUUGCCUUUUCCUAAAUAGUACUUUUGAUAAUUGAUUGCAUUUGAGCGCAGUUCUAGAAUUUGCAGGAAACCUGUAACACAGGCCGUACAAUGCCUAUGCAACACACUUGAGGAAUUCUGCAGUGUGUGCUUAUCGUUUGUAAAACGUCUGUUGUAAAAAGUAAUUGCUUGAUGAAUUGGAUUUGAACCAUCUAUGUUUAGACACCACUGUAGACCUAAUUUCGCAAGCCAUUUGUGAGCAUUGUGUAAUCAAAACUCAUGUCUCAGGCACUCUGCAGAAUGUGAAUAGUCUUUAUUUAUUCUCGAAAAUAACAUGUUUGUACAUAACUGAAAGUCAUGCAUUCCUAUCAUGGCUGUAUUACAUUAUCAAUAGUAAACUCACGAUAUAAUUAA